AUGGCGCCACAACCAGCCGAAGCCGUCGCCGCCCUGCUGCGCACCGUCGAGAUCGUGGAGACGAUUGUUGCCUUCUUACCAACAGUGCAAGAUAUCGUGCGCACCAGCGCUGUUUGCCGCCAGCUCAACGCCAUCAUCACGCAAACACGCUCACAGACAAUCAGGCAGAGACUUUUCUUUGCACCAAUGCCACCACCACAGGAGGAUCCAGGCGAUCUCAGCUAUGCUGAGGAAGCUGAGCGUCUGCGCUGUCCGAUGGGCUCGCUGCUGACGAUCUGGAAUUUCGACUAUCAAUACGCGGCGCUCAAUCCUCUGCUCCGGCCGUGCUUCGUCAACGACCGCAGCCGUGUUGUCCUCUUCCGCGUAAACGUCGCACGGCUCUCCAGGAUGAUCGAGAUCGAUGAACGCUGGAAAGACACCUUCAUCUCCCAACCACCACGCCUCUUCGCCGGUCGCGUUCUCGACGGUGUCACUCGAUACACCAAUCUGUCUUACCAGACCAUCGGCGGGCUUGUCGAGGGAUGUGAGAUGCUGGCUCAGGAAGUCUUGCUACUCACAGGAGCGGACCUGCUGCUAAAUAAUGUCUUCGUCUCAGUCGCGGACGCUUUCAUACCGAGCUAUUAG